CCAAAAUUCCACUACGUUCUGCUUAAAAACAACCCACUUCACUUCUUCAUUGCCCCUUCUCAUCGCUCCACUCUCUGCUCCCUACUCCCUCCUCCCUUCACCGCCACAAUGGCACCUCAAACGCCGCGGCUAACCACCACCUUCGCUCUCAUUCUCUCUCUCCUCUUCCUUGCCUCCACCACCUGUUAUGCCCACAACAUCACUCGCAUACUAGCCAAGCACCCUGCAUUCUCCACCUUCAGCCACUACCUCACAGUCACUCACCUCGCCGCGGAAAUCAACCGCCGCCAGACCAUCACUGUCCUCGCUCUCGACAAUGCUGCCAUGUCAUCUUUAUUGGCCAAAAACCUAUCCGUCUACACUCUCAGGAAUGUUUUGUCUUUACAUGUUCUUGUUGACUACUUCGGUGCCAAGAAACUCCACCAGAUUACUAAUGGUACUACCUUGACUGCCACCAUGUUCCAAGCUACUGGUGUAGCUGCUGGCGCUUCAGGUUACGUCAAUAUUACUGAUCUUAAAGCUGGAAAGGUCGCGUUUGGCUCAGAAGACAACAACGGGAAGCUUGAUGCUGUUUAUGUGAAGUCUGUGGAAGAGAUUCCAUAUAACAUUUCUAUUCUGCAAAUCAGUCAGGCUCUGAAUUCUGCUGAAGCUGAAGCACCGACUGCGGCGCCGACGUUGAAUUUAACGGCGAUCAUGUCUAAGCAAGGCUGCAAAGCCUUUUCCGACUUGUUGAUAGCGUCGGGAGCUAAGUCGACAUUCGAGGAAAAUCUUGACGGAGGGUUAACGGUGUUCUGUCCCACGGACACCGUCAUCAACGGCUUCAUCCCCAAAUACAAGAACUUAACCAACGCUCAAAAAGUCUCGUUGCUGUUAUAUCACGGCAUUCCAGUGUACCAGUCUUUGCAGAUGUUGAAAUCCAAUAACGGAAUCACCAACACACUGGCUACUGAUGGCGCCAAUAAGUACGAUUUCACCGUGCAAAGUGACGGGGAGGACGUUACGUUGGAAACCAAAGUUAUAACGGCGAAGAUAACGGGGACAGUAAAGGAUGAGGAGCCGUUAAUAAUUUAUAAGAUUGAUAAGGUAUUGUUGCCUAAGGAAUUGUUUAAGCCGGCUCCGGCAGCGGCGCCUAAAGCAGCGAAAGCGGCAGCGACAGCGGAUGGACCAAAAGCUGAUGCGCCGACAGAUGAUUCGGAAGAUCAGACGGCAGCUGAUGAUGAAAAUGGUUCCAUCAGCAAAAUGGAGGGUGGGAGAUUCAUUAUGGUAUUAUUGAGCAUGUGUUUAGAGGUGAUAUUAUUUUAAUUUGAUUACACAUCACAGCUUGAUUUGUAUUUGAUUUGAUACCACAAGGUCUAUGGAUAGCACAUGGGACUUGAUUUUGUCAAUAAUACUUGUGUAGAAAAAGAAAAAAAAGGGAAUAAUGGGGACCACUUGUUUGGGUGUUUCUUUGUUUUGUUUUGUUUAUUUUUUGUGUAUAAUGCAUAAUUUGCCUGCUUGAGCUGUAAA